AAUAUGUAGCAUCAGCAUAUGGUAAUUAAUUAUUCCUAAUAAGCGGUAUAUGCGUAAUGCAAACAAAGGGGGAACAUAAGAUUUGGAGCAAGUGGCAGAUGAUGGGAUCAGGGUAUUCGACUUUGUUUUUAUCUGUUAUCUUUCUCCAGUGAAGAUAGCCGUUCAUCAGACACUCCGGGGCAUGCUGCAUCAUAAUCAUAAUUUAUACACAAACAACACGUUCUAAUUAAAAGCAAUUAAGAUCCGGCGAAGUGCGUUGUAAACAAACGUCCCUCGUAUGGUUAACCGUCAUCAAAGUAUUUUCGUUUCGUACCCGGCGACAGAAGAGAUUCAGAGCAGCUCUGCAAAAGUGGUGGUAGAAAAAAAUCUGCGACGGGAUUUGUGUCCUCCAUUUUUAGCUGGCGUUUUAAAAAUACCGAAGACACAAAUCCCAAAGUUCCAAACCGAGGCGACUCAUGUAUAUGCACUGUUAUUUAUCAGUGGUAAACAAAAACAAACCUGAUUUGCAGGAGUAGGUAAUUAUGGAAACUGAGCAAUUCUCCCUUUGCUGGAACAACUUUCAAAACAAUCUCACUGCUGGAUUCCAAGCCCUCUUCAAAGAUGAGGACUUGGUGGAUGUCACCCUUGCCGCUGAGGGAAGGUACAUCAAAGCACACAAGGCAGUCCUCUCUGUAUGCAGUCCAUACUUCAAGGAGCUGUUCAGGAACAAUCCAUGCAAACAUCCCAUUGUGAUCCUUCAUGACAUCAAUUAUGAAGCGCUUACAAACCUGCUGCAGUUCAUGUACCAAGGUGAAGUGAAUGUAAGCCAGGAGGAGAUUCCCAACUUCAUGAGGGUGGCAGAGAUAUUGAAAGUCAAAGGCCUUACAGACAACAGCAAUUUAAACAAUGAAGAUAAUAAAAAUGGAUUGCAAGAGACGAUAAAUAAUCAGCAUAUAUCACAGCCUUUUGUUGGCGUCGCUGAUAAGCAGCCAAUUAUGAAGAGGACGAGGCCUAUUAAAAAGAUGAUCAAACCAAUACAACACUUGAAGCCACUUGAAUUUCCAAACUCUUCUAAUUCCCCAUCGCCGUCGCCGAAGUCGCCUCUGUGUAAGCAGCCCAGAUUGGAUGAUACCGUUGAGAACAAGAUUGGACCUGCGAAUCCGCCGCUGCUGAAGCCCAAACAAGAACCCUUUGAUCCCGACGAAAAUCCUUACAAUGAUCAUCAUUCCUCCGAUGAUAAGAUGGACAUGUCCAAUAUGACUGACACGAGUUUAGGUGAAUCCAGCGAUCAUUCCAGGGAUUACAAGCCGACUAUGACGGACACUUCUAGUCCAGGGACAAUACAAUGCAUUAUGGGAGGGUUGAUGUUUUUGAAGAGUCGCAAGGGCCAACCAGUCCUGAUACACAACGGCCACAUGUACACGUAUAGUCACACAGUGGAGAACCGAAGGGUGUGGGUUUGCGUUAAGAAAAAACAUUUGAAUUGCGGGGGUUGUCUAAUUACAGCGAACGGACCAAUGGUAGUGUCUUACAGUGUUCACAAUCACGCUCAACUCAACGAUGUCAUUCAGAGGCUGCAGGCGGACAGCUGCAGUCCGUCGCCGGAACUCAUUUAGAAAAUUACUAUCCAGUCGGACGAGGAAGAUGGACUUAUGGACACAUUAUUUAUUUAUUUAUACUAUUUAUAUUUACAAAGACGAUUCUAUUAUCACAGACGGUUAUAUCCUUAUUUUCUAUUCAUUCAUUCGGUCCAUAUUUUCAUUUGCUCGCGAUGGAUACGGAAACGUAAACCAAAAGCCAUUUAUUGUUAUUUUUACUGAUUACUGUUAUCGAAACAUAUAAUUACGACAACAAAAAAGAUUAUUAAGAA